CUCCUGCUCCUCAGAUAUACUACUUAUGCAACUUUACCUUGCUGCCAUUUGUUAGGCGUUUUUUGUAUCACAUAAAAUACAUAAUGAAGGGGUUUAAAUUGUAUCCUAAUUCUCAAUAGUAAUUAUCUAAGCUCUGGAUUGUCUUCCUCUUACAAUAUAUUUUUACUUCAACCUCUUUUUUCCCCGAAGACUUAUAAGCGCGUCUCGUUUCCGAUCAUCAUCCACCAAUCGUGAAAUUCAUUAUGCCUGUUACUUCGGAUGAGUUACGUUCUCAAUGGGAUAAGCCCAGUGAGGUUUUCAGUGUGCUACUUAUCCUCGGCGGCGAUGUGAUUGGUCGGGCGCUCGCGCAACUGGCCGGCUCUGGGCUUGCACCUGUUACUUUCUCCUUUGGAUGGGUAGCUUAUUCUGUUUCGGCUCUCCUCUCUGCUAUUGGGGAGAACAAGCUCAUGCCUCCUAAGCCAGAUUGCGUAUGCAAGGUUAUUAAUGGCCGUAAUGGAAACAGUAGAGAAAACACUAGCUGGAUUCUAGGAAGAAUUAUUCGGGAUCAUGAAUUCUGGAUGGAUGCGAAGGUAAAAGAAAGGACGGAUCAGAUACUUACUGAGAAGAUGGUGCAACUAGGAUCAUCAAAAAAGCCUACGAUAGCAGGCCUCGUCGUGUCAAUCUAUAAGCCCGAUGACACGAAGCAACAAAAAACUGCCACGAGGGACAUGGUUUACUGGAGCGGACUUGUCUCAAUCGCACUGCAGCUUGGUAUUGCAAUUAUACCCCUUGGCAUACACGGCGAUUGGGGUGUCUUGAUCGUCACCGCGGCUGGGACUUGUCUUGCCAUAGCAACAGGCCUGUUGCCGCAGUGGAGAAGAGAGAAAUGGGCGUGUCGCGAAAACUCCAAGGACUCCUAUAUUUUGACCCGGGGCAAUGGAUCCCAACACGCUAUCGUUAUCCUUGGGAACAGGAACGGCCUCAAUUUAGAGGACCUUGCGUCGGGCCAGACCAAUGUUUCGACCAACGCUACAUACUUCACUUGUGUGGCUCUCUUAAUACUCUGCGUGCUUUGGAUCCCGCUUCUCAUAACGGCAGCUGGGAUAUCUGAGAAUACAUGGUAUCUUUUUGCGACCGGUAUUAUUGGAAUUAUUCAGAACAUGUUUGCUGCGGGUGCGCCGCGGAAACCGAGCAACUUUGGCAUUCAUCUUCAAUUCGAAGAGGUAAUAGGCGAGACGAAGGUUAUGGAGACACUGUAUGCCACUGAAACGAAAUAUCCAGGCAUCGGUCGAAGACUGAGAGAUGAGUUCUUCUCUGGUGAGAUGCGUCCUGCAGAAAUUGAGAAAUGGGAGAAAUUCGAGAAUUUACGGGGUUAAAAUACGUUCAUUACCGUUUUUAUUACUGUUAUAAGAUGAUAUAAACGCCUAUUUAACGUUGCCUUAGGUACCUCCUAUAUCUAUAAUAGAGGAUACCUUCAUUGCGCAUUUGGUGGGAACUUGUCAAGCCAGUACUAAAUGUACAUAACAGUGCUGACAUUUUUAGCCGGGCCCGUCCGAUUUACAGCUAGUGUCAUCUUAUUAUUGGCGAGGCUUUUAUUAUCGAUGGCUAUCGUCGAUCACGAAGCUCUGCAAAUUCUACCCGAAUAACUCCUAGGAGACUCUAUGAGACUCUAGGAGCCGGUCAACCUCGCAAGUUACUAUGACAGAUACAAUACGGCGCGCUCUCUAGUGUGCAACGACUGUUGGAAUGGUCUCUUUGC